AUGGUCUCGCCUCUGAGCCAGGUUCCCCGGAGCGUCCCGGACUACCACCCUUCUCCGCACAGCGGCAACGGCUCCCCAUCUCAAAACACCUUUCUACAAUCGCGGUCACCAUCGCACCAUCCAAACGGGCCGCCGAUUUCACCUCCGAAGACGAGGAGUGCGAGUGCGGAUGAUAAUAGUGCAGCCUUGGUCGAGGAUUGGCGGGUAUAUACGCAGAAACUACGGAGUCAGAGCGAAGGCGAGAGAGCACAUAUGAUGGCGGACAGAGCUAGAGUGGAGGAGGUGAUGGCAGAUGAGAGAGCAUUAUGGGAUCGAGAGCGGGACAUACUCAAGGCGCGGAUAGCAGAGCUUGAAGCAGAAUUGGGGAAGAGGAAAGCAAGCGGUACCCCGGAAGGCAUCAGUCCACCGCGACAGCGCCCAAAUCUGAGGCACGGCCCGAUCACUUUUACAAGUCCAGGUUCGAAUGCCGUAUCUGUCACCGGUAGCUUCGACGGCUCCGGCCGUGGCAUCCCGCAGGAGUCUGGGAGAAACGCGGACGGGUCCCCGUUCUACGCUCCAGCACCAAGGAACCCAAGCCGCAGCUUUAAUCCCUCCGAAGUACGAGAUUUCCGUGUUGAUUCCAUGACCGCGCCGCGAGAGAGUGCCAUCAGAGUCACAAGGAAAGAACUAACUUCCUCGGACUUUGGUGUCAAGUCUCCCCCAUCCGCUCACUCCCUUUCCCCAAUCCCCGAGACAUCGACUGAGAGCAUCGACAUCUCACACAUCCAGCCGGAACUCGAAGGUGUAGCAAUCAAAGCGACAGCCGUAUCCCCUACUUUUGCUGCCAAAGUCCUUUCUCCUCAACGCUCACCACCGAAAUUAUCACCAGAUGUCAAGCCCCCAGGUCGAGAUGUUACAAACAUGCAGCGAAUGGUUUUCCAGCCGGAGAACAGGAGAUUGACCAUGCAUGCUGGUCAUACACCCAACCACUCGAUCACCAAAUUUGCAUUCUUGGGCGAUAUGAGCGAGAGUGGAAACGCUACGCCAACGCAGGACCACCCUGGUCAGGAACAGAAUCAUGAUCCUCAACAGCGGAGAUCUUCCUUGGCGCCUGGGCACGAAAAUCUCGCGCAACCUCCAAGAGAGGGCAGCCAUGAGCAUGGCCAGGAACAUGAACACGACCACGAUCAAGGUGACAGAGAACUCUCUGGUCCGUUGGGGCUCACCAACGAAGCUACAAAAGACGACGCUUUCCUCGCCCAACUCACUGAAAAACUUGAAGAAGCACGGAAAUCAUCCGACCCUUCAACAAGCACCGAAUCCUCUAGCAGCCAGGACAGACCUCUAAGUCCAAGGAAAAGGCUGCCAGUGGAAGAAAGCGAUGGAGAAGAAGACGACAAAGAUGAAGGGCCACCCCUGAGAUUGAGGCCGAGCUUUAACUUUGGACGGCCGAUGGGGAGCAUGUGA